AUGUCGACCCCGCGGAUGCAAUGGAUAAGCCAGCGCAUCGUGGAAUCGUUUGAGCCCAAUGCGACUCAAGCCGAGGUGAACGAAUUUCUAGCGUCUCCAGCCACUCGAAAGCUCUUCGACGAGUUGCUCAGUGGCAAAGACGCGUGCAAAGUGUUCGUGCACUACCAGGCUGCACCUGUAGUCGAGAAUGGACAAAGUAACGGAGACGCUGGUAGCAAUAACACUAGUAAACUAUGUGCGUCGCUGGGAAAUUCCGUCCCGAUUCGAGCUAAAUGCUGCUUUUUCCUGAGAACCACAGCCGACGGGAAGUCCGUGGAUGUUCAAAAGGCCAGCGACAACUCCAUUUGCUUUGGAGAAUUGGCCCCCAAUAUCCUACGAGACCUCGAGACGACCAUCAGUUCGUUGUUUUCUCCCCUUUUGAAGGCCAAGGACGAGUGGGGAAAGGCCGAUUCCGACUUGAAAAACGAAUUUAUGACGGAGUCUGAAAAAUUUGCCAAUGACCUCAAAGAAGCUCUAAACAGUAUGGACAGUGGUCUCGAGUUGAGAAGACCUGAUCGUAGUAUACUCGCAGAGACAAUGAAUAGUACUGGACAUGGGGGGAGUGGAGUUCGAGCGAGUCUGCAAGUCGCUGACUCGCCAAAGUUGAUCGCUCACUAUGAAGAGGUUUUGAAGGAGUGGUGCGAUGUCAUCUCGACGUACUUGGAGACCAACACUACGAAUGAUGGUAAAGGGAACAAUGAUCAGACCAUCGAUGAUGAUGGUCCUAUGGGCGAGUUAGAGUACUGGAGACGACGCAUGCAGCGCCUUACCAGCAUCACGGAACAACUCAAGAUGAACGAAUACAAGGACGUCUUUGCAGUGCUAAGUAGGACCACAAAGAGCGUCAGUGACGACAUUAAACAGCGUAUCCAGACGCUGCUACGACGAUGGAAACAGAUCGACAUUGGCAUCACCGAAGCAGCCAAUGAAGCCAAGGAUAACGUGAAAUAUCUGUUUACACUGGAGAAGUUCAUCAUCCCGUUAUAUAACGGCACGCCCAGCUCCAUCAUCGACACGCUGCCAGCGCUAAUGAACUCGAUCAAGAUGAUCCACUCGAUCGCGAGAUACUACAAUACAACUGAGCGGAUGGCCAACUUGUUCACUAAGAUCACUAACCAGAUGAUCACUAACUGUAAACACUGCGUAACUGGAGGUGAAAACUAUGAAGUCAUGUGGGAUAAAGACCCUGAGGAACUCGUCCGUCAUCUGGACUCUUGUCUUAAGCUGAACGAGGCCUAUCAACAGCAGUAUCGAGUGACCAAAGACAAGCUCUUCGCGACGCCUAAGGGCAAGCAGUUUGAGUUCAACGAGAUGAAGAUCUUCGGCAAGUUUGACCUCUUCUGUCGGCGUGUGAUGAAGCUCAUCGACAUGUUCACAACGAUCCACCAGUUCUCAUCUCUGGGCCAGCACAGACUGGAAGGAAUGGAGGAUCUGAUCGCGAAGUUCAACUCGAUUAUUCGCGAGUUCCAGUACCGUAACCACGACUUACUGGACUACAAGAACAACCGCUUCGACCGCGACUAUGUGGAGUUUAACGUCAGGAUCUCGGACCUUGAAGGUUUACUGCAGAAGUUUAUCAACGAUUCGUUCGAGAACAUCACGUCGAUUGAGCACUCGCUGAAUCUUCUCCGUAAAUUUCAGACAAUUCUGCAGCGAGAGAACUUAAAGUCCGAUCUCGACUCCAAGUUUAACGUUAUUUUCCAGAACUACGGACUGGAACUGGAGCAUGUGCUGCAGCAGUACGAAAAAUACAAGCAGAACCCUCCGUAUCCGCGUAAUUUACCGCCUGUGGCAGGUAAUAUAACCUGGUCCAGACACUUGUUGAAGCGCAUUGAAGAGCCCAUGAAGAAAUUUGAGUCAAACCAGAACGUUCUGGCCAGUAAAGACGCCAAAAGGAUUAUCCGUAUGUACAACAAAGUGGCGAGAACUCUGGUGGCGUUCGAGUACAUCUGGUACCAGGCGUGGGUGCAGUACAUCGACACAGCCAAGGCCGGACUCCAAGCCACGCUGAUCAUUCGUCAUCCUGAAGAUAACAAACUUUACGUGAAUUUUGACCCUGAAAUUUUGCAGCUUUUACGUGAAGCGAAAUGUUUGGACCGCAUGGGUAUCGAGAUCCCAGAGGCUGCGAAGAUAGUACUGCUUCAAGAAGAUAAGUUCAAGAACUACUAUAAUGAACUCCAGUAUGCUCUGGCUGAAUAUGACCGCAUCGUGACCAAGGUGAUCCCUGUAACUGCGAUGCUGUUACGACCUCACUUCAAUGACAUGGAGUUCAAAUUACGUCCCGGUAUGAUCACUCUGACCUGGACGAGUAUGAACAUCGAAGCCUACCGUAACCACAUCCACUCGGGUCUCCAACAUUUGGAAGAAUUGGUGACAAACAUUAACGAUAUUAUCGAGAACCGUAUCGAAAAAAACAUGCGUAUUGUAUCCAAGACGAUGCUAGUGGAUCUGCCAGUGGACCAGUCUUUCUCGCUCGAUGAGUUUGUGACUAUGCAGAGCUCGAAUAUCAAGCGAGCGGGUGCGUUGUUGCAAGGCAAGAACGUUGAGAUUGAAAAUGCAGUCGAGGAUUUACUGAAAAUUAUCAUGCAGUAUCCGUUAGAUUCGCACAUCGAAGGUGUUUCGAACGACGAAGCUAUGAAGCUCAAGAAACACUACAACCACUUCAUGUAUCAGGCGUUACUGCACUGUACCAAGAACUCGUUGAACACUAUUAAGAAGCGUGUGGCCUCUCGUGCAACGUCGUCGGUGUUCACUAUUGAGCGUCCGUUCUUCGAGGUAGAUGUACAGCUUAGUGUUCCGAAUGUGCAGCUUCAUCCGUCGCUAGAUGAGAUCCAACUGGCCAUUAACAAAGCUGCACAGACCAUUCUAAGCUGCUCGAAAGAGCUGCUGGACUGGGGACAAAGCGAUUUAUCCGCUGCAGUAGUGAAUUCAACUACAUCUGACAGUAACGGGAACGCUAACGGACACCCUAACGCUGGAAAAAUUACGUUUUUCGACCGGAUUACGAAGGAUAUCGAGAUCGUUCGUGUCGUUCUAUUGCUUACCGGAAGCGUGCAGGGUCUGCGUAACAAUGUGACGGAGUAUUUGGGGUCUUUUAAGAAGUACGAGUGGCUCUGGAUGGAGCAGAAGGACGUCUCGUACGAGAAUUUCUUGAAGAAGAACCCGGAACUGCAAGAUUUCGAGAAGAAAUUAAAGAGUUUUGUCGAGAUUGACGAAGAAAUCUCAAGUUUGACGCCCAUCCACAACAUCGGUGCGCUGUCAUUGAACACUCGCAAUAUCAAGUUACAGCUCAAACACGAAAAUUCGCAGUGGAAGUUGAAAUUCUCAGAUAACUUACACAACCAAGCAAGACGAAAAAUGGAGUCGUUAACGGAAUAUUUCCGCUCGACGAUGGGCAAACUGAACCGUAAAGUAGUAGACUUGGACUCCUUACGCUUCGUGAUGAACUUACUAAAGGAAGUUCGAGCCAGAGAGAGCGGUAUCAACAUGGAGAUCAACCCUGUUCUGGAUAUGUACGAGAUGCUGGAGUACUAUUUACCUGAUGGCUUCAUGGAGAAGGAAGAGAUGGAUCAAAAGUCCGUACUGCGAAGCAAUUGGCGGAAGCUGAUUCACCACGCAGAGACCCGGACAGACGAGCUCAGUAAGACCCAAGCAGGCUUCAAACGAGGUCUUCUUCGCGACAUUAAGGAGUUAAUUGUCGACGUCAAGCACUUCCGUGAAGACUAUCUGGCUAAUGGUCCCAUGGUCAUCGGAAUUCCUCCCGUAGAAGCCGUAGAAAGACUCAAUCGUUACAAGGAAGAGUACAAAAUUCGAGAGCGUAAACACGAGUUGUACUUGUCAGGAGAAGAGCUCUUUGCUCUCCCAAAGACGACGUAUCCUGAGCUCGAGAUGACCAAGAAAGAACUACAACUUCAGGAUAAAUUGUUCGGCUUGUAUACGGACGUUCUGAGUACAAUCGAAGAGUGGAAACAGAUCCCGUGGCUCUCAGUUGCAGAGCGAGUGCAGUCCAUGACUGAAAAAGUAGAUGCGUUCUCUCUUCGGUGUAAGAAAAUGCCAGGUAAAUUACGAGAGUGGGAAGCGUAUACAGAUCUCAAGAAGAUGAUCGACGACUUCACAGACGUGUUACCUCUUCUACAAGAACUCAGCAAAGAAAGUAUCAAGCCUCGACACUGGGAAGCGGUUAUGGCAAUUACGAAGACGCAACUUGACGUUACAGCGCCAGAUUUCAAGCUCCAAGCUCUCAUGGAUGCGAAUAUUGUCGAGUAUAAGUCUGAAAUCGAGGAAGUUACAGACGGCGCUGAUAAACAACUGAAAAUUGAGAUCCAACUUGGAGAAAUUUCGGCUCGUUGGGAGACCGAAGAGUUCCAAUUCCAAGACUGGAAGAGCCGUAAUGUGCCCAUUUUAAAGGCGGUUGUGCCGGUCGUGGAGGAGUUGGAGGAGACGCAGAUGAACCUACAGACGAUGCUGUCCAUGCGUCACGUGAUUCCAUUUAAAGACGUCGCACAGGGCAAAUUGGAGCAAUUAUCCGAUACUUCUGAGACGCUGGAGCGAUGGAUUAAAGUGCAGAUGUUGUGGUGUUCGCUGGAAUCUGUCUUCACCGGUGGAGAUAUCGCGAAACAAAUGCCCGUGGAAGCCAAGAAAUUCCAGAAAGUUGACAAAGAUUGGGCGAAAAUCAUGUCGAAAUCUGAAGAGAUUAAGAACGUCGUGGCCUGUUGUUCGAGUGAAUUACUAAAGUCCUGCUUACCGACGAUGUAUUCCGAAUUGGAGAAGUGUCAGAAGAGUCUGGAGGGGUACCUGGAGCAGAAACGUAACAAGUUUCCGAGGUUUUACUUCGUAUCAAACCCUGGUUUACUGAUGAUCUUGUCGCAAGGUAGUGACCCUCUGAGUAUGAACGAACACUAUGAGAAAGUAUUUGAUUCGAUUGAGAGGGUAUAUCACGAUAAAAAGGACAAGACUCUGAUCCAUACGAUGGUUUCUGGAGUCGAGGAAGUGCGUUUCUCACAGAUUGUCAAGGCUCAGGGGAAUAUCGAGGACUGGUUGGCUACAUUGCUACGUGGGAUGCAGAUUACCAUGAAGGAUAUCUGUCGACAAAGUGCUGUGGAUAUCGGCGUUGUAGGCAACGAUUUGAAACGUUUGCGAGAGUUUGUGGACCGAUAUGUGGCUCAAUUCGCUCUGUUAGGUAUCCAGAUGAUGUGGACAACGGACAUCCAGAUAGCCCUGGAGCAAUGCCGAGCGAAGAAAAAUAUCAUGAAAGAUACCAGUACUAAACAAGCCAUGGUGCUUACCGAACUGUCCAACUGGUGUCUGGGAGAUCUCGGGUCUAAAGAGAACCGUAUCAAGAUCGAGACGCUUGUGACGAUCCACGUGCACCAACGUGACGUGAUGACUGACCUCGCUACUCUAUACAAGCAGAAGAAGAUCUCGGAUCCCAAUGACUUUGAAUGGCUUAAGCAGGCUCGAUUCUACUGGAGACCAGGCAAUGCAGACGAGUUUAAUGCUGACGGAGCGUGUGUCAUCUCGAUUACAGAUGUCGAUUUUAAUUACCAGUUUGAAUACCUUGGCUCUAAAGAGCGAUUAGUGGUGACCCCUCUAACGGAUCGAUGUUAUAUUACACUGGCGCAAGCGUUAGGAAUGUACUUUGGCGGUGCACCAGCUGGUCCUGCAGGAACAGGGAAGACGGAGACGGUGAAAGAUCUUGGUCGAACGCUGGGUAUCUACGUGGUGGUGACUAACUGUACCGACCAACAGAAAUAUACAGAUUGUGCCAAGAUCUUUAAAGGUUUAUGUCAAGGUGGAUUAUGGGGCUGCUUCGAUGAGUUUAAUCGUAUUCAACUGCCCGUAUUGUCUGUGGUGGCUCAACAAGUGCUUGCUAUUCAGAACGCGAAGAAAACUGGGACGAAAUAUUUCCAGUUUCCAGGGGAUCCGCAAAAUAUUUUACUUACGCAAGUUUGCGGGUAUUUUAUUACUAUGAAUCCGGGUUACGCUGGUCGACAGGAACUUCCUGAGAACUUGAAGGCUUUGUUCCGAGGUGUAGCCAUGAUGGUACCCGAUUUCGAGAUUAUCAUGAAGGUGAAGCUGUGUUCAGUCGGAUAUUCCGAGUACCAGGACCUCGCCAAGAAGUUUUUUAUCCUGUAUAAUACGUGCAAGGAACAGCUGUCAGCACAAAAGCACUACGAUUGGGGUCUCCGUAACAUUCUCGCCGUGUUACGUAGUGCCGGUAAGAUCAAGCGUGACAACCGUAACGAUUUAGAGUCCAAGUUGCUGUAUCAGACGUUACGAGAUAUGAAUCUCUCGAAACUCGUGGCUCAAGAUGUGCCGCUGUUCUUGUCACUACUCGCUGACUUGUUUCCCACCGUUCAAUUCCCUCCUAAAGGCUCGUAUCCCGAACUUACUGUGGCUUUACAAGCUGAGAUCGAGAAACAAGGCCUGGUGGAUCAUCCAGGCUGGUUCAAUAAGGUCAUCCAACUAUACGAGACACAACUUGUUCGUCACGGGAUCAUGCUGGUGGGUCCCACUGGGGGCGGGAAAACCAAGAUCUUCGACGUGUUGAUGCAGGCGCUUACUCUAACCACCAACAUCGUCCACAAGCAGUCAAAGUUGAACCCUAAAGCCAUUCGCGCCGCUGAAAUGUAUGGAGAAGUGGACCCAAUGUCGGGAGAGUGGACAACCGGAGUGUUUGCCGCCAUGUGGGCAAAAUACAACAAUAAAGCCAACAAAUUCAUCAUGUGGAUGACGUGUGACGGUCCUGUGGACGCUAUCUGGAUUGAGGAUCUCAAUACAGUGCUGGAUGAUAACAAGAUUUUGACUCUUGCUAACGGAGACCGGAUGCCCAUGACGGAUAAUGUCAAGCUUAUGUUUGAAGUCGAGACAUUGGUAAAUGCCAGUCCUGCUACCGUAUCUCGAGCAGGUAUUGUGUUUAUUAGUGAUACGGAUUUGGACUGGGCUCCAGUGGUGGAAGCGUGGAUCCGUAAACGUCCACAGACGCACCAGCAAGUUCUUCGGGAUCUGUUCAUGAAAUAUAUGGGCGAAAAUAACCCAAUCAACCCGGGCCAUUGCUUUGACUACUUGAACCGCAACACAGAAGGUGUUAUGACUGUAUCUCGUGUUGGUCAGGCUUCUCGACUGUACAAUUUGAUGACUGGUUUACUGCUUGGAGAUCAUGGAACCACCUUGUCAGAAGACCCCGCUAAAUUAGCGAUACAGUUAGAGAAACUCUAUUUGUACUGUAUUUGCUGGUCUCUUGGCUCGUUGUUAGAGCAGGAAGAUCGAGUCAAGUUCGACGAGUGGCUUCGACAGUACGAUGACAACGCCUUAUUACCCAAAUGUGAUCCUGGUCAAACCGUGUACGAGUACUUUGUGGACCCUCAAACGUGGGACUGGAAGCUCUGGAGACCUGCGAAAUGGGAGUACCCUAAAGGCUCGAAGCAACUUGACUUCUCUAACUUACUGGUGCCUACCAUGGACUCAGUUAGAACACUGUAUCUUAUUGAAAACCUACAUAAACAACGCAAGCCUGUGUUGAUGGUAGGCGGUCCUGGUACUGCUAAAACCUCAUCAGCGUUGAUGUUUUUCAACGAUCUGAAUCCAGAUUUAAUGAUGAUUAAACGCGUGAACUUCUCGAGUGCUACGACGCCCUUUAUGUUCCAGAACGCGGUUGAAAGCGAGCUGGAUAAGCGUGGAGGUAAGAGCUUCGGUCCUCCAGGAGGCAAGAAGAUGACGGUCUUUCUAGAUGAUCUCAGUAUGCCGCUUGUUAACGCGUGGGGUGACCAACCUACACUUGAAAUCGUGCGUAUGAUCAUUGAGUUGAGUGGCUUCUGCUUCCUCUCCAAAGACCGACGUGGUGAUUUCAAAGUCUGCGAAGAUUUACAGUAUGUUGGAGCUAUGGGGCAUCCAGGAGGAGGCCGUAACGACAUUCCUAACCGGUUAAAGCGCCAAUUCUACCUCUUCAACUUGAUUCUACCAUCACUCACGUCCAUCGAUGACAUCUACGGACAGAUGCUCGCUGGACGAUUCGAUCCGGAAACGUACAGUAAAGAAACUCUAUCGGUGGUGAACAAACUCACGCGUGCUACAAUUGACCUGUGGAACUUUAUGAAGGCGAAACUUUUGCCCACUCCCGCGAAAUUCCAUUACAUUUUCAACAUGCGAGAGUUGAGUCGUGUGUUUCAAGGGAUCCUACUCACUCCACCCGAAACAUUCACAAGUGGAGGUGGUAUUCGAGUAACACAAGGUAAAUUAUCUAAAAUGGACCCUGGUCAAGUGGUUUUACUCACUUGGAAGCACGAAUGCGCUCGCGUUUUCUGCGAUAAGUUGACGAAUCACAAGGAUAAAGACAUCUUCAAUACGUACAUGAAGGAGCUAAUUAAAAGCCAUUACGGGGACAACUUAGAGGAGUUCUGUCGACAGCAAUACUGCAUGGUUAACUUCCUUCGAGAUCCCGAAGAAGACGAGGAAGGAGGCAUCGCUGAUGCAGCUCUAAAGAUCUACGAACCGGGUGGUACAGUGACCGAUGUCCGCUCUCGUGUUCUAGAAUUCCUAGACAAGUACAACACGGACUUCCCUCAACGUCAGAUGCGUCUGGUGUUAUUCGACGAUGCGCUCGAUCACUUGUUACGUAUUUCUCGCUUGUUAGAGAUGCCUCGAGGCUCAGCGUUACUGGUUGGUGUCGGUGGAUCUGGAAAGCAGUCGCUAACGCGGUUAGCAGCUUAUAUGGCUGGCUCUACGAUCUUCCAGAUUGUGCUAACAAAAACGUACAAUACCAACUCGUUCAUGGAGGAUAUCCGUACGCUGUACAAGUCCGCGGGUCAUCUUCGUAAAUCUACGACGUUCUUAUUCACAGACGCAGAAAUUAAGAACGAGAUUUUCCUAGAAUUGAUCAACUCUAUCCUCAUGACGGGCGAGGUGGCUGGACUGUUCGCUAAAGACGAGAUGAUGGCCAUGACAGCGGAUCUCCGUAACUCGUUCGUUAAGGAACGUCCUGGUCAAGCUGAGAGCCAAACAAACCUCAAACAAUACUUCACAGACUGUGUACGAGACAAUCUUCACGUGGUGUUGUGUAUGUCGCCACUUAACGCAAAAUUUGCCGAACGAGCUCGCAAAUUUCCCGGUUUGAUUAGUGGCCCUACGAUCGAUUGGUUCUUACCGUGGCCUGAAGACGCUCUUAUCGCCGUAUCCAAGGGUUUUAUCCAGGAUUACCCCAUGGAGUGUGACGCUACUACCAAGCAGGCCUUGAUGACUCAUAUGGGUAUGGUACACCGUAUCGUUACGGAUUUAUGUGAAGAAUAUUUUCAAAAAAUGCGUCGACGAGUGUAUCAAACGCCGAAGUCAUAUCUGAGCUUCAUCGAGUCGUACAAGAAGAUGUACAACGUGAAACUGGAUGAAAUUAAGGUCAAGGAGCAGCGUGUGAACUUGGGGUUAAAGAAACUCAUCCAAGGAGCAGAAGAUGUUCGAGCGAUGUCCAUCGUACUGGCAGACGAGCAGGUGAAGCUUGAAAAGGCCACUGAAGAGACGAAUACCAUGUUACAGUCGCUGCAAGUUUCGUCUGCUGAAGCCCAUAAAGAAGGCGAUCAAGUGGCUCAAAUUAAAGCGAAAUGUGAAGAAGAUGCGGCUCGUAUCUCGGCUGAAAAGGAGCUGUGUGAACGCGAUCUGGCCAAGGCCAAGCCAUUCGUGGAAGAAGCUGAGACGGCCAUUGACUCGAUCAAACCGGCGCACAUUGGAGAGAUCAAGAAGCUAGCAAAGCCUGCGGAUAUUAUCCGUCUUGUGUUCGACGGAGUGCUGAUUUUAUUCAAGCUGCCGUUGAUCCCAGUGAAGCAGGUGAAGCUCAAUGUAGCCAAACAGGAAAUCGACUUCUUCGAGACGUCUUUCUCUCCGUAUGCUCAGUCGAUGAUGAGCGACUCGAAUUUCUUGAAAAAUGUCCAGAAUUUCGGCGCGGUUGGUAAAGAUAUGAUUAACGAAGAGACCAUCGAGUUGUUGACGCCGUAUAUGGAGCUGGAAGGCUUCCAACCAAGUGUAGCCAAGAACGCGUCGCUUGCAGCUGAAGGACUGUGCACAUGGGUACGCGCGAUGAAAUUUUACCACGAGGCUUCGAAAGUGGUGAAGCCUAAGCUUGAAGCUCUUACGAUCGCUGAAGGACAGAUGGAGGCAGCCAAUAAAGCUCUAAAUGCUGCAGAACAACGCCUGUCUAAGUGUAAAGAGCGAUUGAAUGAGUUACAGCAGAUGUUCGAGGCUCAAAUGGCCGAGAAGAAGCGCAUCGAGGACGGAGCCAAUGCCUUAGCACGUAAAAUGCAGCAAGCUUCGGAUCUAAUUAACGGGUUAGCAGGGGAGCGAGUACGUUGGACAGACGACUCGAACAACUUCGCAGACCUUAAGAGAAGACUCGUAGGCGACUGUGCUGUCGCCUGUGCUUUUGUAUCGUACUGUGGACCCUUUAACCAAGACUUCCGGACGUAUAUGGUGCAGAACAAGUUUGUUCCUGACUGCGAGUCGAGGAAUGUUCCGGUUACGGUGGAUAUCGAUGUGAUUACGUUUUUAGUGGACAUUGGUACAGUCGGAGACUGGAACAUGCAGGGUUUACCGACAGACUCGCUGUCGAUACAGAAUGGUAUUAUGGUUACCCGUUCCUCACGUUAUCCGUUGUUAGUGGACCCACAGGGUCAAGCUCUAUCGUGGAUUAAGAAUAAGGAGUCCGAACGUGUACCGAGUUACGGUACGACGUCGUUGAAUCACCCUAAAUUAAAGGAUCAAUUAGAGUUCUGUAUGGGUGAGGGCAAAGCUCUAAUCGUCGCAGGUGUGGAAGAAGAUAUCGACCCCAUGUUGGACCCGGUUUUGGAGAAACAGAUCAUUGUUAAGGGCAAGAGUAUGUCGAUUAACGUGUCUGAUAAGAACAUGGAGUUCAAUCCGGCCUUCUCUAUGUACUUCAUUACUCGCCUACCGAACCCUCAUUUCGGACCGGAAUUACAGGCUAAGACUACGGUGAUCGACUUUACAGUCACUAUUAAGGGUCUGGAGGAACAGCUUCUUGGCCGAGUCAUUGGUAAAGAGCAGAAGGCACUGGAAGAACAGCUCGCUCAAGUGUUAGAAGAUGUCAACAUGAAUACAAAGUCGCUGUUAGCGUUAGACGCGUCUCUAUUAGAGCGUCUGACGUCAAAUACGGGUAAUUUACUGGAAGAUGAGGAGCUAAUCGGGGUGUUAGCGAACACUAAAGAGAAAGCUGCCGAAGUUAAGGACAAGUUGAUCGCUGCUGCCGAUACAAGAAAGUCUAUUAACGAGAAACGCGAGCAGUUCCGACCCGUAGCCACACGAGGCUCUGUACUCUAUUUCUCGGUAGUGGAGACGUCCCUUAUUAACUGCAUGUACCAGACGUCUCUAAACCAGUUUUUAGCGCUGUUCAUGAAGUCUAUGGACGUAGCAGAGAAGGCUGCGUUGGCGUCCAAGCGUGUGGCGAAUAUCAUUGAGACCAUGACGUACAUUUCGUAUCGGUACAUCAACCGCGGUCUGUAUGAACGUGACAAGCUCACGUUUGUACUCUUACUCACGUUAAAGAUCCUGGUUACGGAUAGUUUACUGACUCGAGAGGAAGUUACGUUGCUGAUUAGAGGAGGUGCCGCGCUCGACAUCAAUUCCGUACGCCGUAAGCCGUUCUCGUGGAUCUCUAACGAGGCGUGGCUGAACGUCAUCGAGUUGUCUCAAAGCUGCAAGUUUUUCACGAACUUACCGCAUGAAAUGGCUUCAAACGAAGGCAUGUGGCGUCGCUGGUACGAAGACAAUGAACCGGAGACUGUAGUUAUCCCGGAUUACGAAGCGAGACUGGCCGAGAACGAAGCUAUCGGACCAUACUACAAGCUGUUGCUGGUACGGUCACUACGUAUGGAUCGUACGAUCCUCACGACCAAGGAGUUUAUCCGGAACACGCAGCAAAUGGGGCCACGUUAUGUGGAGCCUGUGACUGAUACGAUCGAGAGUAUCUUCGCUGAGAUGAAGGCCGAGACGCCCGUGAUCUUUCUGUUGUCUAUCGGUGCUGAUCCUACCGAGAGUAUCGAGAUGCUAGCUCGUAAGCAGAAGAACCCGUCGCCCGCGGUUGUGUCCAUGGGUGAAGGUCAAGAACCUGUGGCGUUGAAGGCCAUCAACGCGGCGGUUGUUAACGGCACGUGGGUGUUAUUACAGAACUGUGAACUGGGCUUGGAACUCAUGGAGCAGAUGGAGGAUAUCAUGCUAAAACUGACCGAGACGAUGGAUCCAGGCUUCCGUCUGUUCCUCACGGCGCUGCCGAACGACCAGUUCCCGUUGGGUUUACUGCAAAUGUCCACGAAGGUGACGAACGAGCCUCCCCAAGGCCUACGUGCCGGGUUAUUACGGUCAUAUACAGUCAUGGUGGAUCAGGAGAAAUUGGAGCGUGUGGAGACAACCCAGUGGCGUCAACUGCUCUUCAACUUGUGCUUCCUACACUCCGUGGUUAUAGAACGCAAGAAGUUUGGACCACUUGGCUGGGGCAUCCCGUACGAGUACAAUAACGGCGAUCUGUCGGCCUGUACGAUCUUCCUUGAGAAGCACCUGUACAACGGACCUAUUUCCUGGCCGACGCUGCAGUACAUGGUCGCAGAGGUGCAGUACGGCGGCAAGAUCACGGACAACAUGGAUCGCCGUUUGUUUAACUUCUACGCCGAGUGGUGCCUCACGCCGGACGUGUGUUCGGCCACGUUCAGCUACAACCCGGCCGAGCCGAUUUUCCGUCUACCGAACGACUUCAACUACCGUAUCCCCGUGGCCGAUAACAUCGACGACUACCGGCACUUCUGCCACACGCUGCCGGAGAUCGACUCGCCUGAAAUCUUCGGAUUGCACCCGAACGCCGACCUCACGUACAGAGUCAAAGAAGUUAACUUGCUGCUUACAACGCUCGGUGAUACACAGCCGAAAGGAGGCGGUGGCUCGUCCGGUGUGUCGCGCGAAGACGUCGUGUGUGAGAAGGCCAAGGAGCUGCUGGAUAGACUGCCAGAAGACUACAAUGAGGACGACUACAAGGCCAAGAUCAACAAGUUAGGCGGAUUAACCAUUCCGCUUAACAUCUUCCUGUUCCAGGAGAUCCAGCGUCUGCAACGGGUGAUCGCCAAGGUGCGGUCCAUGCUGCAGUCACUGCAGAUGGCUAUCCGUGGCGAGGUUGUCAUGACCGAGGAACUGAGCUGGACGCUGGACGCCAUCUUCGAUGCUAAAGUACCGCCGUCGUGGCUGCGUACGUCUGUUGGAGAUGAGUUCUCGUGGAUCCUGCCGACGCUCGGCCUCUGGUUCUCGAGUCUGAUCUCCAGAGACGAACAAAAUCGCACGUGGCUGAACACACGACGUCCUAACUCGUUCUGGUUGACUGGGUUCUUUAACCCGCAAGGUAUGCUCACAGCCAUGAAGCAGGAGGUCACGCGAAAGCACUCCAAGACGGACAAGUGGGCGCUGGACGACGUGGUCUACCACACCGAAGUGACGUCCUUCGAACGGGCCGAACAGGUGCGCGCGCCGCCCAGCGAAGGCGUCUACAUCUACGGCCUGUUCAUGGACGGCGCGACGUGGAGUAAGGCUGAUGGCACUAUUGUUGAGUCGGAGCCUAAGAAGCUGUUCACGUCGCUGCCUGUCUUGCAUGUCAACAGUAUGUCCAAAGAGCUGGAAGCCAAGUCACGCAAGGAACUGUAUGGCGCCGUGGGGCCGUUCGAGUGUCCGUGCUACAAGUACGCGACCCGUACGGACCGGUACUUCGUCUUCAUGGUGACCAUGAAGUGUCCUCCCGGUCGUCCACCGCGUCAUUGGGGACUGCGCGGCGUCUGUCUGCUCUGUAAUACUGAGUAGGGACCUCCUCUUGUAGCAAACAGCAUUAAUGCGUUAAAACAUGUAUACUUUAAGUGUUUCUCUUA